AUGGUGAUGGAUCUCUUAGGUCCCUCUUUGGAAGAACUUUUAGAUUUUUGCAACAGAAGAUUCUCACUAAAGACUAUCCUUAUGCUAGCUGAAUAAAUGAUAUAAACAAUAGAAUACAUUCACUAUAAUAAUUUCAUAUGUAGAAAUAUUAAUCCAGGGAAUUUCUUGAUUGGUUCUGGUAAUCUUUUAAAUUAAAUAUUUAUUACUGGACUAGGCUAUAGUAAGCGCUAUUUUUAAAGAGAUGGCACUCAUAUUCCAUAUAGAGAGGAUAAGAGCUUGGUAGGCACUCCUAGGUAUGUAUCUUUAAAUAUGCAUAUUGGGAUUGAACCUAGCAGAAGAGAUGAUUUAAUAUCUUUAUUCUAUUGUCUUAUUUAUUUUUUAAAAGGGUCUCUCCCAUGGUAAGGUCUUAAAAUUGGAAGAAGAAAUGAAAUGUUUGUAAAGAAAUUAAAUACUCCAAUUUAAGAACUCUGCUUAGGUUUUCCUAAUGAAUUUAUAGAAUAUUAUAAUUAUGUUGGAAAGCUUUCAUUUGAAGAAAAACCAGAUUAUUCUUAUUGUUAAUCUCUCUUCAGAUAAUGCUUUUAAAAGAUGGGAUAUGAAAAAGAUUCUAAUUUUGAUUGGAUUAUAAUUGUAAAUGAAAGAAAACAACAAUAGGAUAAAAACUCUGUAGCUAAAUUCAGAAAUAAUAUUCUUGAUACAAACCAUUAAAAAAUUAAAAAAUUCUUCAAUUUGAUUUGA